AAUGUGGCAACUGUGUCGAGACAUUUUCGUUUUUGAUUAAUGUUUUUGUGUACAUCAAUAAUAAAAUUGUUGGUUUCCAUAUUUUCCAAUAUUUCUACGAUACAAACUUUACAGUGAUUUGGAACAUGGGAAAAGAUGACAACAGUAGCUAAAAAUUCUGAAGACAUUUUAAAAGGUUUUCAAAUAAAUUGGAUCUGUCUGCGAGACGCCGACGGUGGUAAAAUAUUCUGGCAAGGCUCUGAGGACUUAAGCUUCCCAGAAGUAGAACAUGAAGCUCGAGUACCUAAGACAAUCCUCAAAUGUCGUGCAGUAUCUCGAGAGUUUAACUUUAGCUCCAAAGAGCAAAUGGAGAAAUUCCGUUUGGAACAAAAAGUUCUAUUUAAAGGGAGAUGUCUUGAAGAAUGGUACUUUGAAUUUGGUUUUGUUAUGUCAGAGUCGACAAAUACAUGGCAAUCCAUUAUGGAGGCCGCACCAGAAUCACAGAUGAUGCCCGCCUCGGUGCUUAAUGGCAACAUAGUGAUUGAGACCAAAUUUUACGACGAUGAUCUUUUGAUUACCACAUCGAGAGUUCGUGUAUUUUAUGUGUAGAUACAGUUUACAAUAAUAUAGUUGAUAACACGGCUUAAAUAUGAGCCAAACAAUGUUAUUUUUAGUUAUUUAAGUGUUCAGACUGUUUUCAUACCAGCAUUUACAAUUUU